CCUGAAUGGGGCUAUCCCGAGCCGGGAGAAGAAAGGGGGCGUAUCCUGGAAGAAGGGAGCAGGACGUACCUUGACUCGGGGCUAUGUGGGCCCCGGCGCCUCCAGUUACGGGAUGGGUUAUGUGGACAACAUGGAGGUUUGGGGUGACCCAUGAACAGAGUACCACAGGAGGUGGUUGACUGACUUAAUGGAAGUGGGGUGCAAGGAGCCAGACCGAGCGGUCUGCGGAGUGACGCAGUCCGCCAGCCUGAGGCAUGGGGCGUCCCACCGUCCUGCUCCUGCUCUUGGCUAUCCUGACGCCCGGGGCCGCCUUCCACGUACCGCCGGCCAUGAAGGCCCUCAGCAGCCUGCGCUGGUCAGCCAGUUCCACAUUCCGCCGUACUGUUGCCAAGAAUUACUCGGUUCACUACAUCCAACAGAAGGUUGAUCAUUUUGGAUUUAGUGCUGAUAAAACUUUUAAACAGCGGUACCUAAUAGCUGAUGCGUACUGGAAGAAAAAUGGUGGAUCAAUACUUUUCUACACUGGUAAUGAAGGGGACAUUACCUGGUUUUGUAAUAAUACGGGGUUCAUGUGGGAUGUGGCUGAUCAACUGAAGGCUAUGUUGGUGUUUGCAGAACAUCGAUACUAUGGAGAAUCCCUACCUUUUGGUAACAAAUCAUUCAGGGAUUCCAGACACUUGAAUUUUCUGACAUCAGAACAAGCUCUGGCUGAUUUUGCAGUGUUAAUCAAACACUUGAAAAAAACAAUCCCAGGAGCUAAAAAUCAACCUGUCAUUGCCAUAGGGGGCUCUUACGGUGGCAUGCUUGCAGCCUGGUUCAGGAUGAAAUAUCCUCAUAUAGUGGUUGGAGCUCUUGCAGCCUCCGCCCCCAUUUGGCAUUUUGGUAAUCUGGUACCUUGUGGUGUAUUUAUGGAGAUUGUAACUAAAGAUUUUAAGAGAGGUGGUCCAAAUUGUUCAGAAACCAUCCGUAGCUCCUGGGAUGCUAUUAAUCGAUUCUCAAGAACAGGUGCUGGCUUGCGUUGGCUUUCUGAAGCCCUUGACUUAUGUACCGCAUUAACAAAUGCUCAGGAUGUCCAGCAUUUGAAAGCCUGGCUCUCUGAAACCUGGAUAAAUCUGGCAAUGGUGGACUACCCUUACGAGUGUGACUUUUUACAGCCUUUGCCUGCUUGGCCUAUAAAGGUAGUGUGCCAGUAUUUGAAAAAUCCCAGUGUAUCUGAUGCACAGCUUCUACAGAAUAUUUUCCAAGCUCUGAAUGUGUAUUAUAAUUAUUCAGGCCAGGCGAGUUGCCUGAAUAUAUCAGAGACAACAACUAGCAAUCUGGGAACCCAGGGUUGGAGCUAUCAGGCCUGCACAGAAAUGAUCAUGCCUUUUUGUACUAAUGGUAUUGAUGACAUGUUUGAACCUCACGCAUGGAACUUGAGGGAAUUUUCUGAUGACUGUUUUAAACAGUGGAGUGUAAGACCGAGGCCUGCCUGGAUCAUUACUAUGUAUGGAGGCAAAAACAUCAGUUCACACACGAACAUCAUUUUUAGCAAUGGUGAACUAGACCCCUGGUCAGGAGGUGGAGUAACCAAGGAUAUCACAGACACCUUGGUUGCGAUCACCAUCCCAGAUGGGGCCCAUCAUCUAGAUCUCCGAGCCAGAAAUGCCUUUGAUCCCACGACCGUGAUAUUAGCCCGCUCCUUGGAAGUUAGACACAUGAAGCAGUGGAUCAGAAAUUUCUAUGCCAGUCUGAGAAAGAAGCACUGAACAGUUUUGAUCAUUUUCACUUCUUUUAUGUUAAUUCUACCCAUGUUCCCAUUCACUUUGAUUUUCUACAUGUAAUUACUUUUCCUUGUUUGUCUUUAGAUUUGGUGGGGCGAAGGUUGAGAUAGAAAAGAGGGUGAUGGUGGUGACAGCAGCCUUCCCACAUCCUGGGUCCUCGCCAUCUUCACACAACCUCCAGGAAGAAUCUCUUUGUGACACUUUCCUACACCAUCAGUGGCCCUCAUAACUGGAGCAGAGUUCCUGACUGCCUUUCACAAGAGGGAGAGUCGCUUCCUUUGUUUUUCUGCAAACAGGGCUUUCUCUUGGUUUUGAGUUUUAAGUCUCUUUGGUCCUUUUGUCACUCCCCAACCCUCCCCCCUGAAAAAAAGAAAAGCAGAAAAUAGAUAAAAAUGAUGUAAUUGCAGCUGGUAGGAAGGAUGUCUGAUGCCAAUCCAGGAAAUGGAAGCCAUUUCUUUUGUACUUGAUUUAAUGACUUUGAACUGUGCUGUAAAUAAAGAAUAAGGCUGGACCUUA